CACUGCGCACGCGCAAUUCUAUAUCCGCUCCGAUUUCUCCGCCAUCUUGUGUCGCCUUUCUAUUGUUCAGAUCUGGGGCUAACAGAGGCGGCAUAGCAGAAUUUGAGCGAUUUAUUUAACCUUUUCCAAGACGAUUCUGUGGGUAGCAACGAAACACUAAACAAAGUACAAAAUACCGAGACCGUGAAAGAAUACAAACACGAGUGGAUUUAUCUCUCAGGGCUCGAUCUGUUAUUCGAUCGGAAACAUGAUGGACGACGAACAGCCCAAGACUCUGUAUGUGGGGAACCUGUCCCGGGACGUGACGGAGGCGCUCAUCCUGCAGCUGUUCAGCCAGAUCGGCCCCUGCAAGAGCUGUAAAAUGAUCGUAGACACGGCUGGCAAUGACCCGUACUGCUUUGUGGAGUUCUACGAGCACAGGCACGCGGCCGCCUCCCUGGCCGCGAUGAACGGGCGUAAAAUAAUGGGUAAGGAGGUUAAGGUGAACUGGGCUACGACUCCAAGCAGUCAGAAAAAAGACACAAGUAAUCACUUCCACGUCUUUGUCGGAGACCUCAGCCCAGAAAUCACCACCGACGACAUCAAAGCCGCGUUCGCCCCGUUCGGGAGGAUAUCCGAUGCUCGUGUGGUGAAGGACAUGGCGACUGGGAAGUCCAAAGGCUACGGCUUCGUGUCCUUCUUCAACAAAUGGGAUGCAGAGAACGCCAUUCAGCAGAUGGGAGGCCAGUGGCUGGGAGGCAGGCAGAUCCGGACCAACUGGGCCACAAGAAAGCCCCCUGCGCCCAAAACCACCUACGAGACAGGUAACACCAAGCACCUGUCCUUCGACGAGGUGGUGAACCAGUCCAGCCCCAGCAACUGCACUGUCUACUGUGGGGGGGUCACUACCGGACUCACAGAGCAACUGAUGAGACAGACCUUCUCCCCCUUCGGACAAAUCAUGGAAAUUAGAGUUUUUCCCGACAAAGGCUAUUCAUUCAUCAGAUUUAACUCCCACGAGGGGGCGGCCCAUGCCAUCGUGUCCGUGAACGGGACUUCGAUAGAGGGCCAUGUGGUGAAGUGCUACUGGGGCAAGGAGACGACGGACAUCGUCAGCCCCAUGCAGCAGGUGCAGGUGCCCCAGAGCAAAGUGGGCUUUGCCGCGCAGCCUUACGGGCAGUGGGGCCAGUGGUACAGCAAUGCCCAGCAGAUCGGCCAGUACGUGCCCAACGGCUGGCAGGUGCCCGCCUACAGCGUCUACGGGCAGGCCUGGAACCAGCAGGGCUUUAAUCACAUACAGGCCGGUGGCGGCUGGACGGGCGUGAGCGCGGUCAGUAAUGGCGGUGUGGUGGAGCAGGCGCAGGGCGUGAACGGGAGCGUUCUAGCUAACCAGUCUGGCCUGGGAGCCACGGGGUACCCCACUCACUGAUGGGGGGGGGGCAGGGGGGGGACGGACACCCCCAGCCCUCCGCGGCCGCUGGCCCUCUGCAGGGGGGGGGGGUUCCAGACCACCGCUCUCGGCCAACACCAGGCCCCUGAGGAGGGGAGGGGAGGGGAGGGGAGGGGGGGCAGGGGCGGGGUUAGGGGCAGGAGGGGGGUGGUGAUUUGACCUCUGACACCAUCAUUUUUUUCAUAUUAUUUGCGAUGGGAAGUAAGCAGUUGAGUGUGCAGCCCCGGAGGACUGGAGAUGCAGUGCCCUGGGAUUUACACACACACACACACACACACACACACACAGACAUGCAUGCACACACACACACGAACACAUACACACACACACAGACAUGCAUGCACAUACACACACGAACACACACGCGCACGCAAGGUCUUUGGCCAGGUGUCAGACAGACUCAUUGACGGAAAAGGACUAUGCCAUUUUUAAAAAACAAAAUGAAUAAAAAAAUUACUAUGAAUAAAAUAAGAUAGUGACUCUUUUUGGGAUAUGCUUUUGUUUUUGUUUUUGGGGUUUGAUUAGAGCGAUUUAAACUGCUGGUUUCAUAAAAAACGGAGCUUUGCCAUUUUUUUUUGUUUUUUUUGUUUUGUUUUUUGGGACUGUCAGUGUAAAUCAGUUUUAAAAAAGAAACGUGUUUCCAGCAAUGAGCGGUGAUAACACCACGAAUCAUGUGAAAACGUUACAGACCUUUUUAUGUUUAUAAAGAAAACAAAAUGGAUGUCAGCUGUUGUAUUUUUUUAAAUUAGAUUUUCAAUUUUUGUUUCUCUAAACUAAACCAAUUGCAGGGAUUUACUGCCACUCUUCUCUUUCCUUGAAGGCAGACGAAUAUUGCACAAUACUAUAACUCUUGGUUAUCUUUUCACAAAUUUGAUGUUCUUACACAAAUUAUAGGUAUUUUAAAUUGUUUUGCAUUCCACUUUUUUUUUUUCUUCCUUUAGAAUGUUGUGUAUUGGAGGGCUUCUAAGCGUUUUGUAUGUAAAUAACCAAACAGAGUCUGUUCAAAUGUCCUGAAACUGUAUAAAAAAAGCCUCAUGUUAA